UGACUGUGUAUAACUCUUGUUCUGAUCACUUAAUGGUUAACACAAUGCUUGCCUACAUUGUUAGUUAUAAGUUAGUUAGUCAGCCAGCAGGUUUGCAGAUCAAAGGUCAGUGACCACUAGAUAUAAGUAUCACUGACAGUAUCAAAGCCAAAGAGAGACUAACACGACGAGACAGAGAGAGAGACAGGCAGAGAGAGAGAGAAGGCAAAGAAGGGAAGUGUGAAUGAUGGGGGAGCCAGUCACAUUACCGGGCCUGGCCCGCGUGGCGGUGUGCGGCGGUACCCACGGUAACGAGCUGUCGGGGCUGUACGUGGUGAGGGAGAUGGAGAGGAGGCGUAGAGAGGAGGGGGACAAAGUGAGGACCGUCUCCCUGACGCUGGUGGUGUCAAACCCGCGGGCCGUGGAGGUGUGCAGGAGAUAUGUGGAGACAGACAUGAAUCGCUGUUUCACCAACGCUGUUCUCAGCUCCCCAGUUUCUGACACUACUCCGUAUGAGGUAAGGAGAGCGCAGGAGCUGAACACUCUGCUGGGGCCCAAAUGCAGUGCUCAGGCCGUGGACCUCCUGUGUGACCUCCACAACACCACCUCUAACAUGGGCCUGUGCUUCAUCUGCAACAGCAGCACCGACUGGACCAUCCUACACAUUUAUAAAUACAUCCAGUCCAAGCUAACGGACGCACCUGUGAGGUUAUUACUAAUAGACAUUCCAUUGGCUGAUUCUUACUCUUUGGACUCCAUGGGAAAGCAUGGUUUCUCACUAGAAGUUGGUCCACAACCUCACGGUGUGAUCAGAGCAGAUAUCUUCAACAUCAUGAAGCAAGGAGUGGACCUGUUUCUAGAGUGGAUCGAUCAGUUUCACUCAGGUGUGGUGUUUGAAAGUUUUGAGGUUGACGCCUACGUCCGUAAGAGAAGUAUGGAUUACCCCAGAGAACCAGAGACGCGUCAGAUCACUGCGGCUGUUCAUCCUCAGCUGCAGGACAGAGACUUUACUCUCCUCAACCCCGGCAAUCCCGUAUUCCUGACGUUCUCUGGCGAGACGGUCAGAUUCGACGGAGAGGAGUCGCUCUAUCCUUUUUUCAUAAACGAGUGCGCGUACUACGAAAAAGGCAUUGCCUUCCACUUGGCCGAGAAGAAGACGCUCAGGGUGCCCUCGGUAAAAGUGAAGAAAAGCUGAGGAAAAGAAGAGCGAACGCUGAGGGUUCAAAAGCAGAAAAAGGGAAAAAAAAGGGAGUGAAGAAACAGAACAGAAACAGCAGCAGCCGGUGAAAUCAGCACGUCUCUAAACGUCAGAAAAAAGCACAUUUUACCGACAAAGACUGCACAAGGUUUUACAGAUCUCUGACUCAGACAAACUCUAUAUAAAAACUAUGCACAACUGCAAGCUGUCAAAUGACGUCUCGUAUUGAAAUGACAUUUAGAGACUGAAUGAUUCUUCUGUUAUCCAAUGUAUGUGUGGAACGUGAUUGUACGGUGAUUAUGUGGGUAUGAGGACAGAAUAGAAGAAGACGAAUGUGACCUCAGGUAAAGAAAUUUUAUUAAGAUCAGAGCGUGUUCAUUAUAAAAAUGAACACGUAACACAGAUGUAGAAAAGCCAAAGAAGAUAUUGAGAUACCAAAAUGAAGACACAGUGAAUUGCCUUAUUAAAAUGAGGAGGUAUUGCCCAAAUUCCAACUCACUUAUUGCAAAAAA